AGUUCAGUUCAAAUAGUGCGCAGUGCAAGACAAGUGCUCUCUCUUUUAUCAUCGGUUAUAACCGGCUACCGUUUCAACUACUGUGCAUUGGCUUUUCAUACAAAUGCAGUAUGGGUUACAUGUAUUUAUUUGCAAAUGAAUUCAAAUGCGAACACCACGCGGAUCGCUGGUUAAAAUGUGUUCAAUGUAAUCCUCCCGGUGACACGAUACGCGGUGUUCAGGAUGUUUUCUGCUGUCACAAAAAGGCCGCAUGGUGUUGUGAUAGAUGUAGACAUCUAGUGCUAAUACUCAAAUCUUCCUCUUAUUAUAAAUUCAAUAGAGGCCCCAAAGAUAAGCUCACGAAAGAUGAUUUUAUCUCUGCUUAUGAUUAUUUCAAAGAGAAGGGGUGUAAAACUAAUGGUUCGCCGUUUAGAACUACGGAAGUGUCCUCGCAGCAGACAGCAAGGACUGUUUUGUCAACCUCGUCUUCUAAUAAUUCUCCGAAAAGUGCGACAGUGGAAAGUAAGGAACGCCUUCGAAAAAGAUUCUCAAAUCCCAAGGGAAAGGAAAAUCAAGUUGAUUUAGACCAACUGGGAUUUAAUUUUGAUUUUCAGAAUUCUGGAAUGCAAAGGCAGGAGGGGAAAAAAAUCAAGAGCCUUUCUUCCGCUUGUCAUUCAAACAGUAAUACGCGGACAAGGAGAAACCUUAACGCAUCGUUCGAGAAAGAAAAAGAAACUUGGGAGACUACACCUAAAGGACGAGAUACAGGAAGAUCUGUAAAACCUGAGGAGCUGGGAGCUCGGGAUGCCAGAGGCUGCACGAUGGAGACGAGUCCCAUCAAAUCGGAGAAGCAGCUGCUGGAGACGUGCAAGUUCCUCCUGGCCGUUCUCAGCGUCCUCCUCCGAACCGUGGGCUACGUGAUCCGGGCCGCAUGGAGACUCCUCCGACCCCUCCCGCUCAAGGAUGUCAACGGCCAAAUCGCCCUCGUUACUGGUGCCGGGCAUGGCAUAGGUCGACAACUUGCAAUCCAGUUAUCUCAACUCGGCUGUGAUGUCAUUUGCGUUGAUAUCAAUGCGGAAUCGAAUCAACAAGUAGUUGACAUCAUCAACAAACAGAACUCAGGGGAAAACGAUAACGACGGUGUGGUGAUCAAAGGCAAGGGUGGUUCCGCGGGGAUGCGGCCCGGACAGGCUUUUGCGUACUCGUGUGACGUAUCCGAUCGACUGGCCGUGUUCCGAUUGGCCGCGGAGGUCUGCUCGAGGUUCGGGCGUGUCGACAUCCUGGUCAACAACGCCGGGAUCAUGCCUCCGCAGCCCAUCCUCGACACCGACCCCGCUGAUGUCGUCAAUAUUGUAAAUAUCAACCUCCUCGCUCACUUCUGGACGAUUAUGGCCUUCUUACCAAAAAUGAUUGAAAACGGCUCAGGGCAUAUCGUGGCUGUCUCAUCGAUGGCCGGUCUAAGCGGACUCGCGAAUAAAGUCCCUUACUCAGCGACCAAAUUUGGAGUUGCAGGUUUGAUGGAUGCUCUGGCUGAGGAAUUCAAACUGAAGUCACAGAACAUAAUGACAACCUGCGCACAUCCUUACUUUGUACAAACCAGGGAUGAUAUUCCCGAAGUGUUAGAUUUAAGGCUACCUCAAUUAGCACCAAGUUACGUAGCGAAGGCUAUUAUCCAGGCAAUGCUGCGAAAUCAAGAGUCAGUCAGCAUUCCUUGUCAGCUCAGGUUCUUCGCUCAUCUCCUAAGAAUGUUACCUCAAGAUGCUCGUCAUGCAUGGAGAGAUGUUUUUUACACCAAAGUUUCAACAGUCAAUCAACCUAUUAGCUCUUUGACCAUCGCUUGAUUCGAUAAAAUCUUCUCGCCGAUAACCUAUCAGAUUGAAUCGUUUUUAAUCGAGGAAUUUCAUCGAUGUACACCGAACUAAUUUCUCCAUGAGAUGUUUUUCAAGAUUUUCUGAGAAUAUCAUGAAGAAAUUUGAUUCACAGGAAGAUCAUGUUUGUCUCAAAAGAAUAAAAUCAAAUUUUAAAAUGGAAUUAUACAUAGAGUCAGAUACACUCAGGAUUAGAAACACUACAAAAAUAAUUACAUCUAUAGAUGUCAUUUCAAACAACUAUGAUUUGUCCUCAGUGCUUUUGCUCUCACUUCUUGAAAGCACGGCAUAAAAAUUUCAAUGUAAUUUUUUAAAACCAAUAUUCAUCUAAUAAUUGAAUCCAAUGUUUUAAAAGUACUAGAUUAAAACUCUGUUUAAACCUUAAAUAUGAACGAAGUCGACGUACAUCGAAAAAUGCUUGAAUUCACCUUGAAAAAUUCGACUCAAUAAACUUUCCAGUUCGAAUGAAUCUGUAAAUACUCAUCUAUAUCUGUAAGCAAUUUUGUCUUUCUCUGUAAAUAUAAUAUAGUAAUAGUGAUUCUAUUUCGUAACAAAAA